AUGUUUCCAAUUUUGGCCCCAAAAGCCCGCAGACCAAGUGAAAUUGAAGAACAACAACAAUCUGAUAAUGCUUCAAAAUCUUUACCUAAUGAAACAAUCUCUUCUGCUGCUGAACGUUAUUUUCAAGCACCAGAACUUCCAAAAUUACGGGCUAUUGUUUUUGCUGAAUUUGAUAAUGAUAUUGGACGUGUUCUUAGAUUUCAGGUGUUUUUUGUGAUUCCUUGUCAAGUUUUUGAUAAACAAAGAUUUGAGUCAAUUUCUUCUGCAAUUAUCCCAUCCGAGGAGGUGAACAAGGACAAAAGAUAUCCCCGUGAAAUUCUUAUUCUCAACAUGUGCUUUGUUAUUUCUAGACAAGUUGAGUGUGAUUGGGUAUAUGAACCUUUGGUACAAAAAUGUGCUGAAUAUUUGGUUGAAUUAGAAAAAGAACGAUCAUUCAUUUCUGAAGAAAAAUUGCGUCUUCCAGUUUUAAUGAGAGAAAUAUUCCUUGGCUUAAAUAAUAAAGGCAAUUAA